CGCCGAGCACACAGCCCAUUCGCUGUGAGCACACAGCUCCUUCGCAGGUUUUGUCUCAAUGGUCCUCCGUAGACGUUUCAACUUUACGAAAAGAGUCAGUGACACGUAAUUAAGUUCACAGGUGCGCCCCUAACCGAUCUGUCUAGUCAUUGUCCUUAAGUUAAUCAACUCCAGUCGUGACUUGUAAAAUGGCUGCCGGGGUCUUUCGGUGGAUAAUUCAGUCCGUUCAGGAGAUUUUUCAGAUCUCUGGGCUCAAUUUACAGUCUUUUCUGGUCUUCUGUACGGCCUUUGUCCUGGCAUGUGCACUUUUGAAGCGUUCCCGAAACCUGCCCCCUUACCCGGCAGGGCGCGUUCCCGUUCUCGGGCACCUCCUCGCCUUGGCCCGAGCGCCUCACCUGCAGCUGACGGCGUGGAGGCGGCAGUACGGGGACGUCUUCACCGUCAGGAUGGGGAUGAAAGACGCGGUGGUUCUGAACGGCUACACUGCCGUCAAGGACGCGCUCGUGGACAGGUCCGAGCUGUUCGCAUCCAGGCCGCCAAACUACCUGUUUGAUUUGACAGUUGAUUUUACCGGAAAAGACAUUGCUGCUGCACGUUGGGGCACCCAGUUUAAACAGAGAAAGAAGUUCGCCACCACAGCCUUUAAGAACCUGGGCAUGAAGAUGGGAAAUGGCAGCAUUCAGGAGAACAUCCGAGAGGAAGCAAGCUAUCUAAGAAACAGGAUUGCAGAAUACGAGGGUGAGCCCUUUGACAUCGCCCAUGACGUCACCGUGGCGGUUGCAAACAUCGUCUGCUCCAUGACGUUUGGAAAGCGCUACGACUACGAGGAUGAAACGUUCCGCGAGCUCUCUGAAGCAAUUUUCACAGUAAUUGCCGAAGUUGGAACCGGACAGAUCGUCAGCGUCUUCCCUUUGUUGCGGUUUGUUCCUGUGGUGAACCGAGCUAGCGUCAGUGUAUCUCGACAAAUCGCCAAGAUCCAAAACGUGCUGAAAGAAGAAAUGGCCCGCCAUCGCGAACACCUGGAUCGCGAGAACCCGCGAGACUUCAUCGACUUCUGCCUGCUGGAGCUUGAACUGCAGGAAAAGGUGGAGGGUCUGACGGAUGAAAACGUCCUGUACAUGGCUCAGGACUUCUUCCUCGCCGGUACAGACACAACCACCAACACACUGCUGUGGAGUCUACUCUACAUGACUUUGAAACCCGAAGUACAAAACAAGGUACAUGAGGAGCUUGAUGCCGUUGUUGGUGCGAGUCUGCCCACCCUGGCCCACCGCUCCCAGCUGCCCUACGUGAAUGCUUUUCUGAUGGAGGUCAUGAGGAUCCGUUACGUCGGACCUCUAGGGGUUCCCCACGCUACAACAGCGGCGGUAAAAGUGCAGGAAUAUGACAUCCCUGAAGGAACCCAGAUAAUACUGAACCUGCACUCCGUCCACAUGGACCCCGCCUUCUGGCCUGACCCGGACCGGUUUGACCCCGACAGGUUUCUGGACGCGGAAGGAAACUUCAUCAACAAGCCUGAGUCCUUCAUACCUUUUUCAGCAGGUCGACGCGUGUGCCUGGGUGAGCAGCUGGCCAGGAUGGAGCUUUUCCUGUUCUUCUCGACCAUGCUGCAGUCCUUCACCUUCAAGACGCCAGAGGGCGCUCCUCCUCCAAGCACCGAAGGCGUCCUUGGUUUGACCUUGGCGCCGCAUCCGUUCCAGCUCUGUGCGAUUCCGCGUUAGUUACCGUAGCCAUAUAUAUAUUAUGUUCCUGGAUAGUUUUGGUGUGUGUCCAUUCAUCUGAGAACAUGAUAUCCUAAACUUGAUAAUACAACUAUUGAUGCGGUUUAUGUUUCGUAUGUGGGUAUUCAAGUCUUGACGGAGAAUAUUAGGAUAUCAAACCCAUAGCGGCGUGUUACUGCAUAAUGGUAGAACUUCCGGAUUUUGUAUCUUUAAAUGUGAAGAAGCCGAGGUCACCAAAUUGGUGAGGUAGAUAGCGCAUGGACUGAGACAAAAGUCACAGAAGUAAUCGGGCCUCCUAGCAGCUUUUUCAGGAAGCGCAGGAGGCGUUUAUGUUGGUGAGGCUGAAUCGGCGUAAGUCAAGUACUGACGGAUUGGCAUGAUUCUUGGGCUGUAUGUGGCUUUAUUGAAAAUGCACAUAAUUAGUAAUGAUGUUUGUUUAAACUUAAUUUGCAUGGGGGACACGUAUAUUUCGCCCGUAUUAAGCUUGGUUGUGGUGGAACAGUUAGAAUUAUGCAAAUGUGGACAUAAUUUGCUUAAUAAUUGGGAAAUCUCUACAAUUGUUCAAUCAUGGUAAAUGAAGAACAUGAGUGAAGAUGAACAUUUCAUGAUGUAAUUCAUGGUAAACUAUUAAUGAUUUAAUGUACAUCAUUAAUGAGAAAAGUCAUCGAACUUUUGUAAAGCUCAUCCCUUGAAACCUUCCAUGGAGUAACAAAC